UUACCGCCCCCUGUUGGUCUGGUGCAUUGUGGGACAGCGGCAGGCUUUCUCAGCUAGCUGGUUGUACUGAUGGGAGCUUUGUAGCCUGAUGGAAACUAAAGAAUGGAGGAUAACGAGACGCCGCCGUGCUUUAGAGGACUGCACGCAGUUUUAGUUGCUUAAUGCACAUCUACACCCUGCUGCCUCCAAGCAACCAUCAUGCCUUACAGACGAUUCCUCCACCGCCAAUGACAUUCCACGGGGGACCACAUUUACAGCAAUUAAUGAUUGGCCUCAUAACAUCUUCUGGUUAAUCAGGCGUCUUCCCAGUUUAAAGGCCACCUUCACACAAACCUUUGCUUUCCAUUUCUCUGCAACCAACGUUUCUCCCUUCGUAAGAGGCCGACUCCCUAUCAUGAGAUUCCGAAUCUACAAGAGAAAGGUGGUGAUCCUGGCUGUGGUGGUUUUUCUCUGUGGUCUAGCUUUCUGGAGCAGUGGAAGGCAGAAGAAAUCGGACGCUGGGUCCUUCCCCAAGGAGGUGGAGACAGUAAAGAAAGGCGGCAGCGACAUCAUCAGUAGCAUUAAUAACAACAUCCAGGUGCAGGCAACACCUGCUCUUACCCGGGCACCUGUCCCACCACCGAUUAUACAAACCAAUGGGACGCAUUUGGAAAAAGAAAAGGUGGCUAAGUCUGAGGUGGACAACAUGACUUUAGUCCACCGCGGCAUUGUAUUCCAGCUCAACUUUGAUCAGACUGUAAGAAACGAGGAGAAGUUUAAGACUGCAUGGCAGAAAGACGAUUUGGUUGUGGUGGUUCAGGUCCACAACCGGCCAGACUACCUUAAACUGUUAGUGGACAGUUUGCGGAAGGCCAGGGGCAUUGAAGGCAUAUUGCUGAUAUUCAGCCAUGAUUUCUGGUCCCCUGAGAUCAAUCAGGUGGUGGCUUCUGUGGACUUUUGUCAGGUCCUUCAGAUCUUCUUCCCUUUCAGCAUCCAGCUUUACCCCCAGGAGUUCCCCGGAAACGACCCCCGAGAUUGCCCCAGAGACAUUCCCAAAAAAGACGCCUUAAAGCUGGGAUGUAUCAACGCCGAGUACCCAGAUUCUUUUGGUCACUACCGCGAGGCUAAGUUCUCCCAGACCAAGCACCACUGGUGGUGGAAGCUGCACUUUGUGUGGGACAGAGUUCGGGUUCUCAAGGACCAUAAAGGUCUGGUUUUAUUGAUUGAAGAGGACCACUUUUUGUCCCCAGACUUUAUCCACGUCUUAAAGCUGAUGUCUGCCCUGAAAAGGGAGCAGUGCGCCGACUGUGACAUCCUGUCACUGGGGAGCUACAGUCACAUCGGCUACUCCAGCAAAGCCAACAAGGUGGAGGUUAAGCCCUGGAAGUCCACCGAGCACAACAUGGGGAUGGCUUUGAGUCGAGAAACCUACCAGAACCUCAUGCAGUGCACCAACACUUUCUGCACGUACGAUGACUACAACUGGGACUGGUCCCUGCAACACCUCACCGUGUCCUGCCUGCCGUCAUACUGGAAGGUCAUGGUGAGCGAGGCGCCACGGAUUUUCCACGCUGGGGACUGCGGCAUGCAUCACAAGAAGGCGUCUUGCAUGCCGGCCAGCCAGAAAACCAAGAUCAAAAAUAUCCUGCAGAGCAGCGGGAACCAGCUGUUCCCAAAAAACCUCCUGAUAACAAAGAGACUGCCAGCCAACGGGGCCGGAGGCGUGGCCCCACAUGUCAAAAAUGGCGGCUGGGGCGAUAUCAGGGACCAUGAACUCUGCAAGAGUUAUGCUCGAUUACAGUGACCUUAAUUGCUACUAUUAAAUAUAAUAUUGUAUCUUUUGCAUCCUCUAUAAAGAAAAAAGUCUUUUGAAAGUAAAACUUUAUUGAUUAUUCUUCAUAUUGCCUGUUCCAAAUAAAACUGAAUGUCAGAUUUUGGCCUCUUUAACACCGA